AUGAGGACGUGUCAUGAAAACCUUGUCCAAUUCCUGGGAAUCUCGUCAAUUGAAAGGCCUUUCCGGAUCAUCACCGAGUUCUGCGCGGGAGGCUGCGUCUUUUCCUUGCUCCACAACCAGGAGCUUCUUCUUUCCUGGUCCCAGAAGCUGCGGAUCUGCAUACAUGUCGCAAAAGCGAUGAAGUAUCUACAUGAGUUCAACCCGCAGGUGAUCCACCGGGACCUGAAGUCCCUGAAUCUGCUGCUGAGCAGCCCCGUGAAGAGCCAGGAGGAUGCACCCUUCAUCAAGGUCUCGGACUUCGGGCUGGCACGCAUCAAGUGGCAGGCACCCGACUCCAGUUGGGGAAAGAUGACCCGAGCAGCAGGAACUUGCCACUGGAUGGCUCCGGAAGUCUUUGUGAGCCAUACCUAUGACGAGAAGGUGGAUCUUUACUCCUACGCCAUGAUCCUGUUUGAGGUCAUUUGCCAAGAGAUUCCCUUCGAGGAUCAAAACCCAGCAGACAUUGGUCGCCUGGCCGUGAAAGGCUGCCGUCCUGACCUGGCCUCA